AUGGUUCACACCCACAACAUGAAUACACGCAACACAAAACGGCCCUCAGUCCCCGGCAGCCGAAAGGCAGAGGGUGCUAAGAAUCCCCGGGUUUCAAGAGUACAAUUAAAUAUUUGCACCUACAACGUGAGAACAUUGAAAGAUCCAGAGAAAGAGAAGGAGCUAGAGCAAGAGCUGAUAGGUUUCAAGUGGGACAUCAUUGGACUGUCAGAAACACGAAAGAAAGGAGAGCAACUGAAACAGUUGCAAAGUGGGCAUGUGCUGUACACAAUAGGAGGGAACGAAUCUGUUGGAGGAGUUGGCUUUCUGGUCAACAAGAACAUCAAGGACCGAGUUAUAGAGUACAAAGGAGAGAGCAGCAGAGUGACGUCGCUUACACUGAAAGUGAACAGCAAAUACCAACUACAAGUAAUACAAGUGUAUGCGCCAACAUCGAGUCACAAUGAUGAAGAAGUUGAAGAGCUAUAUGAGGAGAUUGGAAAAUCAAUGGAGAAGAAUAAAAGUCAAUACAAGAUCGUAAUGGGUGACUUUAAUGCAAAGGUUGGACAACAUCAUCAAAGCGACGGAGCGACAGUUGGAAAGUUUGGUCUUGGAGAAAGGAACGAAAGGGGAACCAGACUGAUGCAAUUUGCAAAAUCAAAAGGUUUGAAGAUCGGAAAUACCUUCUACAGGAAGAGGAAGAUCAGAAAAUGGACCUGGAUAAGUCCUAAUGGCGAAACCAGGAACGAGAUCGAUUAUAUUUUGGCAAACAAAAACAUGAUCCAGAAUGUCAAUGUCAUAAAAAGGGUAAACAUCGGUAGUGAUCACAGAAUGGUCAGAAGUAAGAUCAAAAUGAAUACAAGACUGGAAAGAAUGAAAAUGAUGAGACCAAAAGGAAUGAAAGUAAACAUCAACGCCCUGAAACAAAGAGAGAAUGAAUUUCAACUGGAGUUGCAAAAUCGCUUUGAAGCCUUGCAAGAAGAAGACAGUGUGGAGGAAAUGGCACUUAACAUCACAAAGACCAUUAAGGAAUGUGCUAUGGAAACAGCAGGAAAAGAGGAAAGACGGCGAGAGGAGAAGCUCAAGCAGGAAACUAAAAACUGCUAA